AUGCCCGGCCCCGACCCCGACCCUGGCCAAGCCGGCCCGGGAGCCAUGAGCCCCGGGCUGCUGAUGCUGCUUGGCAGCGCCGUCCUGGUCGUCUUCGGCCUCUGCUGCACCUUCGUGCACCGCGCUCGCAGCCGCUACGAGCACAUCCCCGGGCCGCCGCGGCCCAGUUUCCUUCUAGGACACCUCCCCUACUUUUGGAAAAAGGAUGAGGUUUGUGGCCGCGUGCUCCAAGAUGUGUUUUUGGAUUGGGCUAAGAAGUACGGGCCCGUCGUGCGGGUCAAUGUCUUCCACAAAACCUCGGUCAUCGUCACGAGCCCCGAGUCGGUCAAGAAGUUCCUGAUGUCAACCAAGUACAACAAGGACUCCAAGAUGUACCACGCGAUCCAGACUGUGUUUGGCGAGAGGCUGUUUGGCCAAGGCUUGGUGUCUGAAUGUGACUAUGAGCGCUGGCACAAACAGCGGAGGGUCAUGGACCUGGCCUUCAGCCGGAGCUCCUUGGUUGGCUUGAUGGGAACGUUCAAUGAGAAAGCAGAACAGCUGGUGGAGAUCCUGGAAGCCCAAGCGGAUGGUCAGACCCCAGUGUCCAUGCAAGACAUGCUGACCUGUGCCACCAUGGACAUCCUGGCCAAGGCAGCUUUUGGGAUAGAGACCAGCAUGCUGCUGGGUGCCCAGAAGCCUCUGUCUCAGAAAGUGAAACUGAUCCUGGAGGGCAUCAGCGCAUCCCGGAACACUCUGGCGAAGUUUAUGCCGGGGAAGUGGAAGCAGCUUCGCGAGACCCGGGAGAGCGUCCGCUUCCUGCGCCAGGUCGGCAAGGAGUGGGUCCAGCGGCGCCGCGAGGCCCUGCAGAGGGGGGAGGACGUGCCAGCCGACAUCCUCACGCAGAUCCUCAAAGCUGAAGAGGGGGCCCAGGACGACGAGAUCCUGCUGGACAACUUUGUCACCUUCUUCAUCGCUGGUCACGAGACUUCUGCCAAUCACUUGGCGUUCACGGUGAUGGAGCUGUCGCGCCAGCCCGAGAUCUUGGCGAGGCUGCAGGCCGAGGUGGACGAGGUCAUUGGGUCCAAGAGGCACCUUGACUGCGAGGACCUGGGGAGACUGCAAUACCUGUCUCAGGUCCUUAAAGAGUCGCUGAGGCUGUACCCGCCUGCGUGGGGCACCUUCCGUCUGCUGGAGGAGGAGACCUUGAUUGAUGGGGUCCGAGUCCCCGGCAACACGCCGCUCCUGUUCAGCACCUACGUCAUGGGGCGGAUGGACACAUACUUUGAGGACCCUCUGACUUUCAACCCGGAUCGCUUUGGCCCCAAAGCACCCAAGCCCAAGUUCACCUACUUCCCCUUCUCCCUGGGACCCCGCUCCUGCAUCGGGCAGCAGUUUGCUCAGAUGGAGGUGAAGGUGGUCAUGGCCAAGCUGCUGCAGAGGCUGGAGUUCCGGCUGGUGCCCGGGCAGCGAUUCGGGCUGCAGGAGCAGGCCACACUCAAGCCGCUGGACCCUGUGCUGUGCACGCUGCAGCCCCGGGGCUGGCAGCCGGCGCCCCCGCCCCCGCCCUGCUGA